AUGAAACUCUUUUAUCCAAAUAGCAGUUGGCAGUUUAACUCCCGGGAGCUGCAUGCAAAUGCAACUUGGGUGCCUAUUAAUGCAAGGGAUGAAGAAAACAAUAGUGGACCAACCUAUGGAGAAAAACGCGAGGGGGUGCUAAAAUUCCAGAGAAAAAUAAAUGAAUUUGUGAUCAUACACAGAGACAUAAAAUAUAGCAAUAUAUUACUUGAUGAUGACUUUCAACCCAAAAUUACUGAUUUUGGUUUGGCAAGGCUUUUACCUGAGAAUCAGAGCCAUCUUAGUACUAAAUUUGCAGGGACUUUGGGAUAUACAGCUCCAGAAUAUGCAAUCCGUGGACAUCUAUUAGAGAAAGUUGACACCUACAGUUUUGGCGUUGUAGUCCUAGAGAUUGUUAGUGGGAGAAGGAGCAGUGACAUACAACUCAAGCCUGUAACUAAGUAUCUCCUUGAACAAGCCUGGAAACUGUACGAGAAUGGUGAACAUCUAGAACUGGUGGAUGAGAGUUUAGACCCCAACGAGUAUAAACCAGAAGAGGUGAAGAGAAUACUGGAGAUUGCAUUGAAGUGCACCCAAUCACCAUCGAAUCUAAGGCCGAGCAUGUCAGAAGUGGUGGUCAUGCUUUCGAGUGACGGCUCAAUCAUGCAGAGGCCCCCAAACAGGCCAACCAUCAUUGAUUUUGAGAAGAGGGUACCUGUAGACACAUCAACAACUACAGCAUCUUCCACUUCCAAUGCCACUGCUACGUUUUCUGAGUUCACAGGUCGCUAGGCUAGGCUUGUUAUGAAAUCUCUAUCUCUUUUAAUGUUGCUUGUUUGUGAAGAUACUGGGUUCAGGUUUGUAAAUUGUAAAUGUUAUGCAAAAGCAUACAACUAUUACUCCUAUUACUCAAGGAGUAAUACGAAAUGAUAUAUAAAAUCAGUAAAAAGAUUAUAG